AUGGAGCAAGUGCCUGAAGUCAUGGUUAAAGAAGUGGGCAAUGCUGUGAGAAUGGACAUUGUCAUGUCUGAGGCGGCUGCACCGAAACCUGCAUGUCUCGAGUCGCCAACGGAGCCAACGGUUACUGUUGAAGAGAUCCAGAAGAAGUUGGAGGAUGCUGCCAUACGCCGCCAUUCUUUGAUGAGUGAGAAACAAGCUUCUCUGGCAGCAAGAAUCUCAAAGAUUGAGGAAACUCACAAAAGGAAGGAAGAAAUAGACCAGCAGUUCAUCAAGUCCACGAAGGAGGCGUUGGAGCAGAAACUGGAAGCAGCUGAGGAAAAUAAAAUCAAACUCUUGAAUGAUCUCAAGACACGAGUCAAAGAAGAACUGGAGAAGAUAAUGCAGCACCACCAAUCGAAGGAGAAUGAAGAUUUGGAGCAAGCCAAAUCUCUGAUGGACGCCAUUCAAGAGAAGUUGGAGACAGCAGCGGCCAAUCGUGAUCAAAAUCUUCAAGCUGUUGUUAAGCGUUUGAAAGAUCACGAGGAAGCAGUGAAUCGCUGCCUUACUUCUCAGAAAGAACAAUUGGAUGCUCUUAAAGACAAGAUAAAUUCUCAGUUGGAAAAGGCUGCCGAAAACCGGAACGCAAAAUUGCAAGAAAUCAAAGAUGCGGCUAAGGAACACGAUAAGAAAGUGGACGCGAUAAAACAGAAGAAGGAAGGGGAAGAAAACUGAUGAUGAGGCCGACAGCAAAAAAUCGAUGAUCAAAGAUUCUGGUGAAGUGGCAACAAUGCUCAAUGUGUAAACAGAUCUGUACAUUUCAAGUGGAUGAUUGUAUUGUGAAUUGUGUGUGAUUUUUGUCUUGCAAAAAAAAAAAAAGAACUCUAGAAUCCAGAUUAAUAUGGUAAACUAUGUGAGUUGCUUCAGUUGUAUACGAAACGAUCUGAUUCGAAAAUCACGAGAAAAAAGUUCUAAAACUCUGUUCACAUGUUUUAAGAUUUGUGUGGUUGACAUUCAAUUGUUUCUUUCUUUCAAUAUUUCGUGGCUUUUCAAUAUAUUCCUUUAGGUGAUUUUAAGGUGUGCUCAAUUAAUUUUUUUUUUAGUUGCCAGGAUCAGUGAAAGUUGAAAUUAGCUUUGAUGCCGAACCUGUUGUAUGUAAAGAACAACUUCGGCUAAAUUUGUAUAUCAAUCCCAAACGAUAAAAACGAAAAUCGAGCCGUAUGCUUCUUACUUAACUGCUGUAUUCGCGAAUUUGCGAUCCCGUGUCCGUGUAAUUUGUGAUCUGAAGUAUUGAUCUUCGUGGAUGCUUUUAUUGAAAAAUCCAGGCUUUCACUAUUUUUUCUACGCGUUUGGAAACAAUAUGUCUUGCCAACUGCAUUUCUACAAAUCGCGAUACGAUAGCUUUUUUUCAAUGUCUUUUAAAGAGAAUGACACAAGCAAA